AUGAAGACCAGUCUUCUGGACACAUGGCGCAUGUACGCCCCCGAGGAGAGGCGCAACAUCAUGAUCUACAUCGUCGGGAUCAUGUUGUACAAGUUCGGCCUCGAGGCUUUCAACGGUUCGGUCAUUGCACUUGCGACGAACAGAUACGACACGAUCGAGGGCGGCGGCAACACUUUUGAGCGAAUUGGUUUGUUGACUGCGCUCAAUCAGACGUUCCAGUGUAUCGGUUCCAUUCUCAUCGCGCCGCUCAUCAAGCGAUACGCAACCAAGAAUGUUCUGUCGUGCGCUAUUAUCGUCUUCGGGCUUCUCACGGCCAUCCUUCUUAUUGUCGACGCCGCAACUGGUGGUCGGAUUAAGCCAAGGAACUGGGAUGCAACGCACGAUGAGGAGGACUUCAGCUACUACGGCGACUGGGACACCGACGGCAUUAUUCCAAUCUACUGUAUCACUGGCAUUGCCUAUGGUAUGGUUGAGUUGAUCCGUCGGGUCAUCCCCCGUGACAUUGUCGGCGGUAAUGUCCAGAAGCUGAGACGUAUGGACGCUUUGGUGCACAUCUUUUAUGAGAUCGCUGGUACUGGAGGUGCAUUCUGCACUGCCCUUGGUCUGAUCCCAUACUUUGGCAACAACAUGUCCUUCAUCAUCACACCCAUUUGCUUCGCCUGUGCCAGUAUCGUUUGGUUCUUCAUUACCAAACUACACUUCACCCGACCUGAAGCUCUGGAGCAUCAAGAGCGAACAUUUGCGGGCUACAUGCGUAGCAUUGGAAGGAGUGUUUAUCUCUUCUUCAUGUCCGCUUACACCGGAGCAAUCAUCGUCUUCAGUAGCCGCAAGUUCGUUUGGCUCCUACCAGGAUAUGCCUUCGCCCUCUACGGCCAUCGAUACCUGGAGAACGGCAUUGCGCCUCUCAUCGCCCGUCGAUACUUGGGUAACUCAGCCUGGUCUCAGAUCAUGGUCGGAGGAUCCAACCUUGGCGAGCUUCUGGGCGCUCUCACUGUGUUCCUCUUCACCAACCUGGUGCACACCCCGAUGCCUUGGCUUCGCCUCGACGCUUUGAUGCUUUUGAUCGUCUGGUAUCUUGCUUUCUGGUACCCACCACAAGAGCAAGUCGCUCAAGCCUGGAUCGUCGCCGCGACAUUUAUUCCCAUCUCCUUCGGAUGGGCAGCCGGUGAUGUCUCGCUUGCCGCCUACAUCCAGGCUUCGCUUGCCCGUAUCGAAAGCAAGACCAAGGAUGUCUCAGCACUUGGUGCCGUCAUGUCUUUCUUGUACUGCACAUACAUCGUCAUCUACGCCAUCUGCAACCCACUUCUCGGUCGCUAUGUCGAUGGUGUCUACGAGCGUUCGGGGGAUACGGACAUCCAUCCAGCUAUCUUUAACAUAGCCGGCGUGCAGUUCACCGUCCUAUGCGGCGUCAUGCUUCUCGCCACGUUGGUGCCAAAGGGAGCCAUCAGCUUCAACCCACCAGCCCUUUACGGCGAAUCUCUCGACUCCGACGUCGACGGCCUCGUCGACAAAGACUCAUCCGACAUGGACGAGAAAGAGAACGGAGAAUACCGAAAGGGAAGUGUCACUGCCGGCUUCGAGGACGCUAUCAUGCCAGAAGAGCCUUCUUCUCUGCAGCCCGUCGAGAAGACUUCCAAGAUCACGCAUCAUGAGCGUUAA